AUGACGGUACACACUAUUCUUUUGAUUCAAAAGACAAGCAACCGUAGUACUCGAACAUGGUUUGAUUACGCUACAGUUGCAUCGGCAACAGAAGCGAUCAUUGCGAUGCACGAAGCUCGAUUAGCCGAACAAUAUCCGAAUCUUCCACAUAUAAAUUAUUCCGUCGAUCAACUAUUGUCCUUUAUUGAUGAGCAUCAAGAAUUCAGCGCGCUCGUGUAUGACACGAACUUAAAAGCAUACAUGCCGCGUGACCGAAAUUGGAUCAACCGUCUGUUUUUUAUCGAACAAAUGUAA